AUACGUAAACCCGCCGGCUCCACCCAAUCCGUCAAAUUUGCUCGACGCACGUCCAGCGGCCGCUACGUCAGCCUCUCCCACGAAGAGAUCAAUCUCUCCGCCAAUCUCUCUGAAGACUAUACCAACUACGCCGUCCGCAUCCCUCCCUCCCCCGACCAGCAGCCCAUGGACGAGCCCAUCGAAGCCCGAUCCGUGGCCGCAAAAGCAGAAGAGCAAUACGUGUCCAGCUCCCUCUUCACCGGCGGCUUCAACAGCGUCACGCGGGCCCACCUCAUGGACAAGGUGAUCGACUCCGCCGUAUCCCACCCCCAAAUGGCCGGCGCGAAGAGCUCCCUCUCCUGCGCCAUGCCCGCAUGCGACGGGAAGGUGACGACCGACGAGCGAGGGAACGACAUCCACCCAUGCGAAUGCCGAUUCAAGAUUUGCUGCGAUUGUUACCUCGACGCGGUCAAGGAAACCGGCAACUGCCCCGGGUGCAAGGACCCGUAUCGGGCCGCGGGUGACUACGAAGACGACGGACCGCUGGAUUCCUUCAAGGCGGCGGACAAGCCUGCUCUGCCGGCGCCUCAUUCGAAGAUGGAGCAAAGCAAGUCGAUGCUGGUUCGGAGUCAGACGGGCGUGGAUUUCGACCAUAACAGGUGGCUGUUUGAGACGCAAGGAACGUACGGGUAUGGCAAUGCGUACUGGCCGAAAGAAGGUGGGCAGCCGUGGAAGCCGCUGACGAGAGUGAUGCCGGUGCCGGCGGCCAUUAUACAACCCUACCGGUUGCUAAUGCUGGUGCGGUUUGUGGCGCUCUUCUUUUUCUUGGCUUGGCGGAUACAGCACCCGAACGUGGAUGCGCCGUGGCUGUGGGGGAUGUCGGUGGUCUGCGAGGUGUGGUUCGCCUUCUCGUGGAUUCUGGACCAGGUGCCGAAGCUGCACCCGAUUAAUCGUACCACCGACCUCAAGGUGUUGAAGGAGAAGUUCGAAACAGCAUCACCGGCUAACCCAACAGGCCGUUCCGACCUACCUGGGUUGGACUUCUUCGUCUCAACCGCCGAUCCAGAAAAAGAACCUCCGCUCGUCACCGCUAACACCGUUCUCUCCAUCCUGGCCGUUGAGUACCCAAUUGAGAAGUUAGCAUGCUACAUCUCCGAUGACGGCGGCGCAUUGCUGACCUUCGAAGCCAUGGCGGAGGCGGCGAGCUUCGCAAACAUAUGGGUGCCGUUCUGCCGCAAACAUGACAUCGAGCCACGGAAUCCGGACACGUAUUUCAACAUGAAGGGCGACCCGACGAAGAACAAGCGGCGGUCGGACUUUGUGAAGGACCGGAGGAAGGUGAAGCGGGAGUAUGAUGAGUUUAAGGUGCGCAUAAAUGGUUUGCCGGACUCAAUCCGGCGGCGUUCUGAAGCGUUUAAUGCUCGGGAGGAGUUGAAGAUGCUGAAGCUUAAAAGCGGGAUGGACGGGGACCCACUUGAGCCCGUAAAGGUGCAGAAGGCCACGUGGAUGGCUGAUGGGACCCAUUGGCCCGGCACCUGGACCUUCGCCGCGCCCGACCAUGCCAGGGGUGAUCACGCCGGAAUUCUUCAGGUACUCCUUUCAACCUUCUUUUACGGCACGCAAUUUCUUUGA